AUGCAACCGGCCCCACCGCUGCAGCACCCGCAGCAGCGUAGGUCGUUGGUGCGGCUAGCGCUUUCUGCUCCUUCUCAGCAGCACCUCACUAACACGGGGGCUGCGACGGGGCAUUCAACGCAGCAGGAUCCCACACCUGGGAGCACUGGGCGCAGCCCGACAGCAGCAGCAGCAGCAGCAGGAGCAGCAGCAGCAGAGGAAGCCCCUCUCGUGCUGCACCUGCCAGCGGUGCCACAGGGGUGGAACUUUCAAACAGAUGCGGAGGCCGUAGAAAGGACAGCAGUAGCAGCAGCUGCUGCUGCAUGCGGCGAUUUGCUGCUGCUGCCUCUUUCCUUAGGGGACUUACAGGGUCCCAGGUCGUUGCUCUUGCAGCAGCAGCCGCUGCCGCUCCUCUUCUCUGCGCUGCAGCUGCAGCUGCUGCUGCGCACACUGCAGCAGCAGGACCCGCCUGCUGCAUCUCUGUCGGUCGCAGCAGCAGCAAAAAGGACUAAGCCUCUGGUGCUGCUGCUUACCGACCCGAGUACUACCACUGAGAAAGCAGCAGCAGAGGCAGCUGAAGGAACAGCAGCAGCAGGAUCAGAUGCAACAGCAGACACACUACGCCUCGCUACAGCGCGUGCAGUUCUGCGCUUGUUAGAGACUGAGUGGAAAGCAGCGGCCGGCGAGAUGGGGAUGAAUGAACCGACGGGACAGCAGCAGCAACAGCAAGAGCAGCAGCAGCAGCAGGAGGGUCCCGCUGGAGAAAGCGUAUUUGCAGCAGCAACUCAACUCGUUGCUUUCUUUACACCGUGCGAGAGAAGCGCCGCCCGCAAUACAAAAGGGCAACUCGCAGCAGCAGCAGCAGCAAGGAGUUGGUGCUGGUGGAGAGAGAGCAGGAGGCAGCAGCAGCAGCAGCGCAUUGCUGCUGUUUGA